ACCCGGGCCCCGCGGGCAGCCCCCGGAGCCGACAUGGGGGCUCCCGCCUCCGGACCCCCCCGCCUCUCCUCCUCCUCCUCCUCCUCCUCUUCCUCCUCCUCGGCGGCCAGCACAGCCACCGCAACGGCCCGGCCCAGACCCGGCCGGGGGGCCGCCGCCUUCCUCCUGCUCAUCUUCCUUGGCACCACUAAGGCCCAGCUGGACCAGCAGACUCCCAAACUGGACGCCAUGAAUCUCAUCGGCACCUACCAGCACGUGGACCGUGCCACUGGCCACGUGCUGACCUGCGACAAGUGCCCCGCGGGCACCUUCGUGUCUGAGCACUGUACCAACUCCUCGCUGCGGGUCUGCAGCAGCUGCCCGCCGGGGACCUUCACCCGGCACGAGAACGGCAUAGAGAAGUGUCACGACUGCACUAAGCCCUGCGAGGUGCCCAUGGUGGAGAAAACCCCCUGCUCCGCCUUGAACGACCGCGUGUGCGCUUGCCCGCCGGGCAUGUUCCUGGCCAAUGACACCUGCGUCCCCCACUCGGUGUGUCCCACGGGCUGGGGCGUCCGGAAGAAAGGGACGGAGACUGAGGACGUGAGGUGCAGGCCAUGCGGGCGAGGGACCUUUUCCGACGUGCCUUCCAGUGUGAUGAGGUGCAGGGCCCACACGGACUGCCGGGGACGGAACCUGACGGUGGUUGCCGCGGGAACAAAGGAGAAGGACAGCAUCUGUGGCCCCCCUCUGGUCCUCCCCGGGGCAGCCUCCUCUCCCGACCCCAAGCUGGUAGAAGACCAGAAUGGUCCUUCUCCCACUUCCAUUCCCCAAGGUGUGAAUAGGACGGAAGCCACGCUUCCCGCCCCCACCAGACCAAAGGUGUCAAACGCCGUCUCCCAGCCGCCAGCCCCACCCGCCUCCACCGAACCAAAGGUGGCGAGCACCGUCUCCCAGCCGCCAGCCCCUCCCAACGUCACCUCGGGUCACCCAACCGAGGAGGAGGACUGGACCGUCACCAGCCCCGGGGCCAGCGGCCACCAGCAGAACCAUCACCACAGCCACAUCCAGACAGCCCGAGGCCGCUGCCCCCCCCAGGAGGCCACGGGCGGCGAGAGGUCCAACGUGCCAGCCAAAGUCCCCAAGAGAGCCCCCCGGCAGAACCGCGCGCACAGACAUUUCGACAUCAACGAGCACCUCCCCUGGAUGAUCGUGCUUUUCCUCCUGCUGGUGCUCGUGUGAUCGUGGUGUGCGCGUGCGCAAGAGUUCCGCACGCUCAAGAAGGGCCCCAGGCAAGAUCCCAGUGCCAUUGUGGAGAAAGCUGGGCUCAAGAAGCCACCACCCCAUCUCAGAACCCGCGAGAAAUGGAUCUAUUACUGCAAUGGACACGGUAUCGACAUCCUGAAGCUCGUGGCAGCCCAGGUAGGGAGCCAGUGGAAGGAUAUCUAUCAGUUCCUGUGCAAUGCCAGUGAGCGGGAGGUGGCGGCCUUUUCCAACGGAUACACGGCGGAUCACGAGAGGGCCUACGCGGCCCUGAGGCACUGGACCAUCCGAGGGCCGGAAGCCAGCCUCGCCCAGCUGAUCAGCGCUCUUCGCCAGCACCGGCGCAACGAUGUCGUGGAAAAGAUCCGCGGGCUCAUGGAAGACACAGCUCAGCUGGAAGGGGACAAGCUGGCUCUGCCGACGAGCCCCGCUCCCCUCAGCCCUAGCCCCGUUCUCAGCCCCGGCCCGAAGGCCGACAACGUGGCGGCCCUGGCCGUGGACCCGUCCCCUCUGGACAAAAACAAGGGCUUCUUCGUCGACGAGUCGGAGCCCCUGCUGCGCUGCGACUCCACCUCCAGCGGGUCCUCGGCUCUGAGUCGGAACGGAUCCUUUAUUACCAAAGAAAAGAAAGACACGGUUUUGCGUCAGGUGCGCCUGGACCCCUGCGACCUGCAACCCAUCUUCGACGACAUGCUCCACAUCCUGAACCCGGAUGAGCUCCACGUGAUCGAAGAGAUCCCACAGGCAGAGGACAAGCUGGACAGGCUCUUUGAGAUUAUCGGAGUAAAGAGCCAGGAAGCCAGCCAGGCCCUCCUGGACUCAGUCUACAGCCACCUCCCUGAUCUCUUGUAAGACACCGAGGACUCCAGGGUCCCCCCCUCCGGUCUCUUGGGGCAGAUGGCCCACACAGUUGAGGCAGGGUGGGGUUUUCGAGAGAAUGCGGCCAGUAUUUCCUGCAAGAUUGGUUUCCCCUUUUCCUUGGACUGAUUUGUGAGGAGAGGGAUAAAUGUGCAAAGCCUUUCCCAGGUUUCACUUUUCUUUCUUGCAGAAAUCAAAGAGACCCUGUCUUUAUUUCCCCGGGCCCACAUUUUUGCAUUUCCCAAUGUCCCUUGCACUUUAAAUUCCCAUGAACUGACCAUAAUUCAGUGUGAUUUCCUGCACUGGAUUGGGAUGUUCUGAAAAGGUUUGUUUUUUUUUUCAAUUAAACAUCAUGUAUGUCAUUCCCAUUUCAAGUCUGGGACUCUCUUGACUCCCUCUUGCCCUUUCUUCCGUUAUUCCUCUUAAUUUUCCAACAUAGUGCUAUUAUUUUAUUUUAUUUUUCAAUUUUCCUCCCAAUGGAGAGAUGCAAGACUCCCUACUUGCUUUUUCUUGUUACCUUUCUACAACAUCCUAUUUGCAUAGUUCCCCUCUGUGGCCGGAAUCCGUCUGGCCCUGUGGUUUAUUGUACGGAUUUCACCUGGACAAUUUCACCUGGACAGUAACACCUAGAACCUUUGACAUCACCCCUCCGGCCUUCAUGAUCUGAAAACGCCAUCUUAGGGGCAGAGGAGUCACCAGAUAGAGAUCUUUUGACCUCACCAGGUAUAGAUCCACCAAGCCCCAGAAAGUCAACGCAGAGGCCUAAUAUUCCGAAAUGUUCGAGCUAUGCUUCUCAAAGCCAUCUUGGGUUUUAUACCUGUAAAAGCCGAGGGGUCAGCCGUUCCCUCCAUUGCACUUCACUUUUAUUCAGAUGGCUGCAGCUUUUCGAACUCUCGUCUCCGAUAUAUUUGCAACGAUCAUGCUCCCAUUAUGAACGCGGUCUGUAAUGUGCAACGGGGCUGCCCUGGGAGGGAGUGGGACUGAUAUGGGAAAAAAGCCUUCAAGUAUACUAAUUUAUUAAUAAAUAUUAGGUGUUUGUUACUUGA